AUGGCCCAGAGUCUGGUCGACGACCUCCUUGGAGCAGUAUCAAAAGAAGGUGCCGUCUUGUCUGCGGUCUACGACCAGCUCCAAACGCUCGCAAGAGACUUCCCAUCCAUGAACGUAGGUCAGGUACUUCAGCGUGUGGCUGGGAUCAUAGUUGAUGGGGUACUAUCGAGCGUGCAAGUCGUGGUGGAUGCUCUGCUUAAGGUACUGGUAGAGGUGGCUAGUGCGACCAUUGGAAUCUUGGAGGCGAAGCUCCACAUACCCAUAAUCUCGGAUAUACUCAAUGAACUGGGCAUUCCGGACGUUUCCUUCCUCGAUUUAUUUCUCUGGAUUGCUUCUGUGGGGUAUACGGUUGUGUACAAGAUCGCGAAGGGUUCUGCGCCUUUUCCGGACAACGAUGGGACUGCCAAGUUGAUUUCAGCGCCUGACUGGAGUAGCCUUGCCGCUCUUUUCCACCCUACAGUACCAGUCUCGAGAAUGGCAGUGACUACACCUCUACACACAUCCUCGUUCAUCGGUGACCAAGCAGACCCUGUCAAGCCUGCGAGCACCGAAGACUCAGAUGAUUUUUACAAGCAUUCCGUUUAUGUUGCAGGCCAUGGCAUUGCAGGUUUUCUCUCCUCCAUCGGCUUGCUUGAUCCUUGUCGUCCCAGAGGCCACGCAGGAUACAAGCGAUAG